AACAAUUAUGCUCAAACCGAGAAUUUAGAUGAAUCUUUCUCUCAUUCAACCUUGCAAUUGCAAGCAACAAGUUUUCGUCCCCUAAGAUCAUGGAGUAUUUCUCGAGGAGCUGAACUUUAAAUUGCACACACACAUUCCCUUAAUCAUCACAAACUCUAGUUAUAGCAAGUAAGUAGCAACAACCUCAAGCUCAUAUAUCAUCACUAUGGCCAACACAAUCCUAAACCUCACAACAAUUAUUAUUCUACUCAUCUCUUUGGCUCUACACAAUUCCCACUUUGUUGUUUCUUCAACUGAUAUAGAUCAAGAUCAUGACUUUAAUGAAGAGGAAGAGGAAGAGUAUGUUCUAGACACUCCAAUACCCCAUCUAGGACCAAGAAGCAGGUUCUUGGCGACCAUAAUAAAGAAAGGAAGACAGUGUGAUCGUGAGACUAAUAAUAUAUGCAACGGGGUUCGAGCGAACAAGGGGAGAGACCUUCUUUUCUGCUGCAAGAAGCAUUGCCGCAAUGUUCUUAGUGACAAGAACAACUGCAGUGUGUGUGGCAACAAGUGCAAGCAAGGAGAAAGAUGCUGCAAUGGGGUUUGUACCAAUGUUUUAUCCAAUGUGCGCCACUGUGGCAAGUGCAACAAGCAGUGUUCACCUGGAGAUUCAUGUGGGAAUGGAGUUUGUGGCUAUGCAUGAAACUGAUGUAAGAAAGUUAUUGAAAGGUUAGGGCCUUAUGAUCCAUAUAUUAUAUAGCAGUUUGAGACAUUAAAGGAUUCCACAUUACAGCCAUUGUAGUUUUUGUCACAUUCUUAGCCUAUUAAUAAAGGGAUAGAAGGAUUGGAUUGGGUUGAAUUUUUAUGUGGUCCCAAAUUUAAGUGUACACAUUUUAAUUGUGUCAAGUGCUUAGUUUGAUCUGUUUAGUUUGUCUUCUUGAUAGUUGUUGUUACUAUGGUUGGUCUACUCUUCAAAUUAAUAACAGAUUACCGAUGGUUGGCUUCUA